AUGCCUUCCACAGACAGACAGACAGGCACAGGAUGUGGAGAUGCUGAAUCCAGCUGCACAAAUCGCAGAUGUCUGGCUGAAAUGUUGAUCAAUAAAAACUUUUCAACUCAGCCACAGUAUGAAAACUGCACCAGGAUGAUACGUGUCCCUUUAAUUGAGUACCAGACUCUGUCAGUUGACACAAAGAAUCUCCGUCUAAUCAGCCGUCUGCAAGCAACAAUCGUAUGGAGAGAUCCUGAGUUGACGUGGAACACGUCGCUUUACCAGUAUGAUGAAGUGAUCCUGCCAGUGAAUAAAAUCUGGACCCCAGAGCUCCAUGUGACAAAUGGAAUAUAUACAACUAUGGAGCACAGCUCCCGUGACCUGCUGGCGUACAGUAACGGCACCGUGAGGCACUCUGUGAUCAUCAACGCUGAGGUCAAUCUGUUCAACUACCCCUUUGCUUCUGAUGCGUGUCCAGUCGCUAUCCAAACCUGGUCCAUUGACGGAUGUGGCACAGAGCUGGCACUGGGCAAUCUGAAAAUGGUUGAUAGCACCCACGGAGACUGGAAAACCGACAGCGUGUCCCUCCUUAAACAGAGAGACGACCGCAAUUACAUCAUGGUGUCACUGAGGAUCAAAUACACCAACCCCUUCAUCACGUUACAGCUGCCCACUAUCCUGAUUGUCCUGGCUGAUAUGGUCAGCUUCGCCCUGCCACUGGGAGGCGGCGAACGCAACUCGUUCAAGGUCACGCUGGUGCUCAGCUUUACCAUGUUCCUUGGCAUCCUCAACGACAAGCUGCCCGGAGACAGCCAGUGCAGCCCCAUCAUCCGAACCCACUUCUGUGUUUGCCUUGUGCUUUUGGUGCUGAGCAUGCUGGUGUCCCUGGUUCUGACUCGGGUGGCCAAAGAUGGCAGCUUAAUUUUCUGCUGCUGUCCAAAGCGGUCAGGCCCAAAAAACACAGGAAACAAGGAGGACAGAGAGGAUGACGAGGCCAAGGCUGACAUCAGUGUGGUUCAGCUGAAUGGCUCGGAGGAGUCGAAUAAAAUGCUCAGGGAGGUGGUAAACUUCCUGCAGGCUUUGGAAGCCAAGGAAGUGGAGAGUGAAAGACAUCAGGCGCUCGCCAACAUGCUGGACCAAACCUUUUUCUGGUUCUAUUUCGUUUUAGGCAGUGCGUACUUCUUUGCCAUGAAUUAUGUGAUGAUAACUGUCACAUGUCAAGUGAACCAUUUUGAUUUCUGGUACUAA